AUGGAACAAUCCUCGAAAUCGAUAUCGAAACGACCAGUUCGUGACCCGCCUCCCGUUCUCUUUAUAACCCCUUCUCAAAAUGCCUCUCAUGUAUCAUUUGAAGGUGCUCUGGCACCUGUACCAUCCAACCAAUUACCUUCCUUAUAUCCCACCACCUCUAGAAAUUCCCUCGUCCGUCAACGUUCCCAAAGACUGCCUUUACGAACCAAUCUCGAUGGCCCCUCCGAUAUAACCCCCCUAAUAUCAGUUCCUCGCGCGGGAAAAGCUCCUUCCGAGGGACAAAAGCAAGCUGCGAGAACCGAUGCGCUAUGGGCGGAAAUGCAAAGUACAUUGGAAGAAGUUGAACUCAGCGCAGUAAAUGCAACGCAUGUCUUUGGACCUGAACACAGCAGAGCAUUAGAGGAAUUACGGGCAACGCAAAUAGCUUUGGCGCAAGCGUGGGCUAGGAGUGAGGCAGAUGAUGUAGUUGAUGAGGGACGUACAGGAGAUGUUAGGGGAGGGACACUGGGAAGUGAGGGAAAGAGUGCAUUGGAUGCACCGGGAAUGACAGUGACAACUGGAACGGAGGGAGGGAGGAGUUCGGCCACUAGUGGAAGUAAUGGUGGAGGUGGAGGAAAAAUGGGUAACAAAUUGGAGGAGGAUACGAGGGCAGAUAUUGUAAUGGCGAGAAAGAGAAGGGAGGCUAAUGACAGGUAUUUCCAUAGGGUGAAUGAGGGAGUUCUUGAUGUGGUAGCAAAGUUGGAGGAAGUUGCUUCUGCAAUGAGAUCCGUGGAACAAGAGAGUCGAGAUAUUUGGGGUGAUAAUGAAACUAUGGAUACUGCGAGUAUCGAAAGUCCAUCGCGAUGA